AUGCAGCCCGCCACAGACGAUUACUACGUGCUCGACGCGUACCUUGCUGAGCAGCAGCACCUCCAGCAGACGCUCUAUCACCAACAACAGCAGUUUUACCAGCAACAGCAGCAACAGCAGCACCAGCAGCACCAGCAGCACCAGCACCAGCACCAGCUCCAGAGCCAGCGACGUGCAUAUGGCUACCAAAACUAUGCGGCCGCUGCGCCCAGCAUCGCCGGCUACGUCGCACCCUGGGAACUGCAGCAGAUCAGCUACCUGGAUGCUUACUCUGCACUCCCAGCAUUUGACCCCUAUGCGCCACCUACGCCCGUCGACUUUGGCCCCUACCCGGCCACGGUCCACCCGUCGCAGCUGAUGAUGAACCCACAAGGCGCCUCUUCUUGCUCAGAUUCCACUCUUUACUCUUCAUAUGUCUCCCAGACUCAGCACCAGCACGCCCAGCAGCAGCACAUUCCGACUUGCAUCGCGCCAGAGGAUGUCUUUUCUCCCCUCACCCCUCUUUCCGACCCCGAGUCUGGCUCCUCGGACGGUACGAGCUCACCCAGCUCGACGACGCGCCACAACUCGCCCACCCGCCUUGGAUUGAGCAUCCCGACCGUUUCGCUCGUCCACCCGAUCGCGAAUGCCUCGUGGGCAAACCUUACACCGAGCCUUAAUACCUCGGUUGCCAGUGGUCCCUCUUCGACGCUCAGCUCGCCCGUCGAAAGCCUGAGCUCGCAUGCCUCGAGCUCGGACAAUGAUAACGAGCCCUCGUUUGUGCCCCCGCCUUCGCUCAAAAAGUCGUCGGCGUCGCUCGGCAAGUCGAACAAGCGUGCCACUCGCUCUGCUGCUCCAGAGCCCGCCUGGGUCGAGGCUAUCCUGGCCUCCACUGAGGUAAAGAAGACGGAAGAAGUUGCCUCGGCACCGAGCCAGGUCGGACCUGUUCGCGUUGCCAACCGCCCCAUCGCGUUUGCUUGUGUGUUCUGCAGACAUCGCAAGAUUCAGUGCAUCCGCCCAAAGACCGAGGUCGCCCCAGGUGAAAAGCCACCGCCGUGCAAAGGAGCCGCUGCUGCGAAUACCCUCCAGCUGCCCUCAACCCCCGUGGUCCGAUCCGACGAACAACCUCGGAUUAGAGAGGUCGUUCGUCCAUCCCCACGUCGAGUUAAUUUCGCGUUUCUCGUGCUGCGAGCCUCGUCUCCACACCACUCCAUCGUCGUCACUGUCGUCUUGUCAAGCUCGAACCCCUCCUCUGCUGGUCAACAUCAACUCUCCCUCUUUGUGGACAACAACUAUACUAUCGGCUUUACGGCUCCUGUUUAUAAUCCAACCCUCCACAUAGCCCACUCGGACGUGCGCGCACAACCGGGUGCAAGCUUCCUGUCGUUUUACGGACCAGAAUCUCGUACUAUAUCAACUCUAUGGUCGUACAUACAAACUCUACAAACCCUACAAACCCAAUCACCGGAGCUCUCAAACCCUCAGUUUCCUGCUCCUUUGCCAGCCUAG